AUGCAGAACAUCAAGAUCUAUGUUCCACGCACAGACAGCGGUUUGGCCACCAAGGAUCCAAAUGAAGCUGGAAACUUGAAUGGAAGUCACGAACCACAUUCGUGGGAAGACUACAAACGCAAGUUAUUCUUGGAGUGGUUGGAUGGCCAGCCUGAUGCCCACAAUGACAUAUGGGGAUUUUCCUCGACAAGUUGCACUCCUGUUGGUCUUUCAAGGUCAUCCUCAGUCGUUCAUAUCGCGAACGAAGCCGACGAGAUUAAUCGUAAGCACAUGAAAUAG